AUGAGUAGGGAUCAUGGCAAGAGAGAGAAGGGAAUUUCGGGGACACGAACUAAAAAGGUUGUUGCACUGUUGCGGCGGACUGGGUUGGGCAACCAGGUCAAUCGCAGCGAAACUAACGGAGGCCCGAACCCCAGAGCAUGA